CGCUGUAUUUAAUCUUAAUCCAAAUUAAUGCCAAUUCAAAUUAUAAACAAUCCUUAAACCUAUAAAACCAAUUAAAGUUAAUCCCGGAUUGCCAAUCUUCUACUAUAUGAAGUACCGCCGAUCUACUACCGCUGACGUAGCAACACAGGCUCGUGUGAUAGCGUGCUUUGUUAAUUUAGUACACUUUCCGUUUGGCGAGAAAUUACAGUAUGGCGUCGCAAAAUCGUGCAAGUGGCCCUAGUUCUUUUCCAGUUAACGGCAAAGAACAGCAGCACACGGACUUAUUUCAAAACCUAGAGAAGCUUAUUGCUUCUGCUGUAUCGAUAUGCAGACUAGAUGGAUCUGUACAAUGUCAGAUCGGCGGGCUAAUAACAGUUAUUGAAGAGCUGCAACGACUCCUUCGCCAUAGCUUUGCAGGUAGGUUGAAUACAGAUCGGUGCUUUUUAAAGAAAACUAUCUAGUAAUAGUGUUUAGAUCUUUUAGUUUUAUCUUAAACGCUGGCUAAGUGCUUUCUAAAGUUGACAUGCUGAUCUUUCAGUAUAAACGAUAAAUAUUUUGAUAACAGCUGGGACUCUGAGCUUAGGUUUUGUAAACUGGAGUGAUAACUGGGCUUUCACUGAGCAUUCGGCUGCAGGUGGUGUCAUCGCCACUUGUCAGAGUGAGAAAAUAAUGUUAAUUCUUUUCACUGUAGUGGUCUUGUAUUCGGUGGAAAAUAAAUAGUAUUAUAAAGAAAUAUAGUUCAAUUUUCCUGUUCAUAUCAAUGUCAACACUUCUACCACAAUAUAUCAUAACAGUAAUAAAUUUAGGUGGUGUUUCCACAAACAAAAGUAUUAUAUAUCAUAACAGAAUGAGACAUUAGCUGUGAGACAAUAGCCAAGUUAUUUAGCAUACUUUAGGAAGUUUUAGAACCAGUAUAAUGAACUACUUCGAGGCCCCAGUUGCACGAUACCAGAUUCAUUUUUCACGACAUCAACCAUUGCUGUUCAGGAGUAUAAAGUCUUCCCACAAAAGCAUAAGGAUAUUCCUCAGACUGUUAAAUUCGAUGUUGUGAAAGCAAAAACAGUAUUGUUCAACUCAUGGGGUCCGAGAGUAAUGUUUCUUGGCAACUUAUGGAAAAACAAUAUAUUUAUUAUUGCAAUAAUAAAUAUAUUUUGUGAUGUAAAUAGAAGGGCCUUGUUUGAUGUUGAACUGUGCCUCAUUGUGCACAAAUCCUUUGUCUCAACUUCAUUAAAUAUUUUGCAUGUUUUAUCUCGGCUAUCCCUAUUGGACGAUUACCUCAUUAUACAAAAAUAUAAUGAGAUCAGUCACCGUGACCGUGCAUAAACAUAAACUAAUGACACAAUGACUUCUGUUUAGUUUCCAGACAAUCAUAUCUUGAUAGAAUAUGUUUUUGCUCUGGAAUAGUCACUGAGCUUGACAAGUGUAUUGCAUUUUUAGAAAUCAAAAGGUUAGAGGGAGAUUUUCACGAUCAUAAGCAAGCAUUUGCAAGGUUGGAAAUGGAAAGAAAUCAAGAAUAUAAUGAAUAUCAAGAAUAUCAAGACAAUCAGAGGGACAUGUUAACAAUGUUCGAGAGGAACCUCAAUGAUCAGAAACACACGUUCAACAAUGGCAUCACCAAUCUGCAUUAUAAUAUUAAUGAAGUGCAAUCAAAUGUAGAAACUUUGAAACAGUAA